UCCGCCUGUGCUCAGUUCAUACGCGAUGUCACUGCUCGAACAGAUCACAAACAAGAGCCACACGAUAGAACAAAGGCGCGACUUUGUCGACUACAAAACCGUUUUUGAUGAACAGCAGAAUCAGACAAAUGAAUCUGCAAGUGAACUACUGCAGCCUGAGACAAGCAGACCUUCCAGUCGUCGAUUUAGUUCUUUCAACUCAAAUGCAAGCCAGCAGCCUUAUUCUCUUCUUAAUUCGAAGCGCCUUGGGAUGGGAAUGAAUAACGUUGACCCUAGCGCUACCAAAUCUCGCCAGUCUCUGAGAUCGGCACGAUCGCUGUCUAAAUUUGGACUUGGAGCUCCUAAACGCCUUUCCGAAACUGAGCUCAAUGGGCUAGCUCAAACGUCAUAUCAGCAAAGCAUGUCACCAACGUUGAAUGCUGCAAUACACAAUGACGAGGCCAAACACACGAUAACUACUAAUAUGUUUACUACCUCCAUGAAGACCAAUACUGCUCCCACAUAUUACGAUCCGGAACAGAAUGAAGAGAACUUGGUGAUAGGAAGCAAACACACCUACGUUCAAACGCCUAAACAAGAGAGAAUCAGACCCGUUUCAUCAUGUUCUCCGAGGAUAAAAAGGAACAAUCUCAGUGAGACUCCUUACAGAUCCACUCUGCAGAUGAAUCAUGCGACCAAAAUGACAAAUAAUCAACACAUUGGUGUCGAUCAACGUACACCUACCAAAUCGCCUCCUAUAGAUCAUUAUGCAACUCCGGAGCAGGCUCGAAAGGUGUUGACUCCGCUUUCACAGUCUCGCUGGAAUCAAGAAAAGAACGGUGUUUUCAAUUUGCAUGAAAUGAAGGAAAGACUUACUCCACCAAAGAAAUCGUUUGAAAACAGUAAUACAAUGGAUGAUCCGAUGAGGGUAUCUCGAAGCAGCAUUUCCGAUGAACACAAAGAACUGUCCGCUUCAAGAAGAACAUGGGGGACAGGUCCAAGUCGGAGUACAAAUCACCAAAAUCAUGCAUAUGACAUCGAGAAAGCAAGCAAUAUCCUCACAAUCAAUAAACAAGAUUUCGAGUGUUUGGAACAAAUCGGUAAGGGAGGUUCCUCAAGAGUUUACAAGGCCCGUGCUGUCAAUGGUAAAAGAGACUAUGCGAUCAAAGUUGUCACGUUUGACCAAUUUGAUGAGGGUGCCAUUGCAAGUUUCAAGGGAGAAAUUGAGAUUUUGAAGAAGCUUAGGGAUCAAGAACGAGUCGUCAAACUAAUAGAUCACAGUCUGAAGGAUGGUUCACUCAUGCUUGUGAUGGAAUGUGGUGAUAUAGAUCUUGCCCAUGUUCUUGCAAAUCGUUCUAAUACCCCUUUUGAUCCAAGUUUUACGAGGUAUCAUGCUGUUGAGAUGAUAAAGUGUGUGAAAGCAGUUCACGACGCGGGAAUCGUUCAUUCCGAUCUAAAACCUGCGAAUUUCUUAUUUGUCAAGGGGACAUUGAAACUUAUUGACUUUGGAAUCUCCAACUCGCUCUCCGAUCAUACGGUCAAUAUAUAUCGUGAAUGCCAAAUAGGCACUCCGAAUUAUAUGGCCCCUGAGACUCUUAUCGAGGUCAAUAAUACUCUGAAAGGAGAUGGCCUAAAUGGAACCUGGAAGGUCGGAAAGCCUGCUGAUAUAUGGUCAUGUGGGUGUAUUAUCUACCAAAUGGUCUACGGAAAGCCACCGUAUGCGAAUUAUACUGGCAACAAACGAAUCUUGGCAAUUACAAAUCCCAAAGUUGAGAUACAGUAUCCGCGAGUUACCGCAGAUGGAACAAGGGUUAAUGGGCUGGUGAUUGAUACAAUUCAGCGAUGUUUAAAAAGAAAUCCGUCUUUGAGAUCCAAUGCAGAUCAAUUACUGGAAACGGACUUUCUCAAACCCAAGGUGGUGACCCAUAAGUUCAUUAAUGAUCUAGUUCGCAAUGCAGUCAAGUAUGGGAGCACGCAUCCGAAUGUUUCUGAGCACAAGCUUGAUAUCCUUGUUGAGGAUGUAUGGAAAAAAGUUAACGAGUAUAGUUGAUUGUAUAAUAUGACUACGGCAUCACUAAAUUUUCUUUCAUGAAAUAAUUUACAACAUACCCUUUAUCUUGGGCCCAGUUUCUCCAAAACUCUUGGACCUUGUUCUUCCCACUCCUGUUUGCUGAUCCACAUGUGGUCUUUGUCUGCCAUGAUGUUUGCCAAGACGGCACCACCAAUAAAGACCAUGUGUUUCCUUCUCGGUGGAUCCUCAAUUCUGACUUUGAACUUGUCGAGUCUGGAAGCAUCACCUUUCAAAACCUUCGUAAACCAUUGUUGUUUCAGUUCUUUCUCGAGUCUUGAAGGUAGACCGGGAUACAUCGAUGACCCUCCACUGAGGACGAUAGAUUUGAAAAGCGUUGAUCUAAUGUCAACAUCACAAGACUGAAUUGUGUUGAACAAACAUUCUCCAACACCAGGUUGUUCUAUAUCUGUCAAAGAUGGUUGGAACAAACACUCCGGAGCCUCAAAUCUCUCGGAGCCAAUCUUGAUCACUCUUCCAUCUGGUAGUUCAAAAUUCUCCACCAAAACUGUGGUUUCAUUGGCUAGUUUUGUAUCGAAAUCCAGAUCGUACGAGACAUAGCAGAGCUUCUCCUUGAUCUGUCUAACGGUUUCAAAGUCUGCCGUUCGGUUAAAGGCGUAUCCCCUUCUAAGCAGUAGGUUAAUGAGGUUUCUGGUGACAUCUCUACCGGCAACGUCUAGCCUUCUAGUUAGAUGGUUCAAAACAACUGACUCGUACACGGGAACAAUGUGUGUGACACCAUCGCCCGAGUCGACCACAACUCCGGAAGAGAGACCCUGAGCAUAUAAAGCAAGAACCGCUUGGAUAGCAACGUAGACUCCGCCAAAAUUGUAUUUCUCAAACAUAACAUCGCACAUAGUUUCCCUGUUCUUGAGUGGGUUCAUGGGUGGCUCGGUCAAUAGCACUUUUUGUCCUGUAGUGUCAAUCUUCAUUCGUUCAUAAAAUGCAUAAUCCCAUAGGUGUUCCAUGUCUUCCCAAUUUUUGAUGAUUCCGUUCUCCAUUGGGUAAGAUAUUUGCAGAGCAGAUCUCACAGCAGACGCUUCGUCUCCGCACAUGAUAUCCUUGAUUUCAAUAUCUCCCGUGCGCUCCUCAGCCCUUAAAAUUGGUCUUCCAACUAUCGAAGGAAAGGUAUGGUCUGGAAAGUUCUUUCCAGCCCUUCCAAUCUUAACAAAACCGGUACCCUGGUCGAGAACGAUUGGCUGAUCCAUAGUCAUUUACUGGCAAUUCUUUUUGGGCAAUGCCUAGCUCUGAAU